ACUACGGUGAGUCGUGAGCCGCGGCCGCGAUCUGGUUUCACUACACCGAUCCUCAGUUCGAGCUGUACUAGCAAGAUGGUAAGAUUACGAAUUUCAAGGAGCCAACCGGCGCUGACAGCGACAAGCGCAACAGCGACGGCGACGACGACCGCGACAGCGACAGUGACGGCAACGGCGACGAUGACAAUGACGACGAUAACGAUGGCGACGGCGACGAUGACGAUGGUGACGACGACGGUGACAUCAACACAAACAUCGCCACAAAAAAAUGCUGCAACGGCCAUGACGCCGCGUAGAAAACAGAAUAUGAGUACGAUGCCGUAUGAUGCAAUGAACAAGCGCAACACUCGAGAUGCGGUCCGGCGUGCUCUACAGAAAGAGAGAGAGAGGGUAGCACUCCGCAACAAGGAGACACGGAGAUACGCCGUAUCACCGCCCCCACCGCCGCCGCAACGGCAACAUUGUCAUGGCUGUUCACACGGACAUGCGCCACCAACGUGCGCACAUGAGGCCGCGCCCUGCGCACAUCGUUAUACAUGCACGGCGUCGCCGCCGCCAAAGCACAAAUGCCAAAAAUAUAAAUAAUUUUUAAUAUUUUUAUUUUAUAUUUAUGAAUUCUGUAUGUAGAAGUAUGUAUGUUACAGAAUAAAAAUAUAAGUUAUAAAAAUA